CGCGACGCCUCCAACCUCCAACGUUUCUCUCGUGCGUCAAAAUAAUAGAGCUCUACGAUUGGUUAAAGGUCCUUGGACGUAAGUUCAGCUCCCGAAUUCAAUAGAGAGAGAGGAAACGGGCGCGGGCUUGAACAGCUGAUGGGGAGCUCGUUGCUAGUAGUCGCUCAUAGUUGUUCGCGAGCUUCAGCCGUGGAUCAGCCAUCCGCGGUUCCGGUCGCCACGAGGUAUGAUCCGUCUGAAAAAAGGAACUACCGGCUAAAGGAACAUCGCCGUACAAAGAAAUCGGGCGAGAAUUUUUGGGGUGAAAUGUGAGAUGUGAAUUAACUCCUUCCGGUUUUAUCUCUCCAAGAAAGAGUUUUUCGCUUUAUUUAUUACAAAAAAAAACAAGAAGGUACCGAGAAAAUGGGUGAGCGAGAUCGUGUAACGAAGACGGCUAUAAGGGUUGGAUUCUAUGAUAUCGAAAGGACCAUUGGUAAAGGAAACUUUGCCGUGGUCAAAUUGGCUAGACAUAGAAUUACAAAAACCGAGGUUGCGAUAAAGAUCAUUGAUAAAUCCCAAUUGGAUGCGAGUAAUCUUCAGAAGGUUUAUCGUGAGGUGGACAUCAUGAAGAGGCUCGACCAUCCUCACAUAAUAAAACUGUACCAGGUUAUGGAAACAAAAAAUAUGAUAUAUUUAGUAUCGGAAUAUGCAAGUCAAGGAGAAAUUUUUGAUUACAUAGCGCGGUAUGGUAGGAUGACUGAAGAACAAGCAAGAGGAAAGUUUUGGCAAAUUUUGUCUGCGGUUGAAUAUUGUCAUAGUCGUAAUAUCGUACAUCGAGAUUUAAAGGCUGAAAACCUCCUCUUAGACAGUAACAAUAAAAUUAAAAUUGCCGAUUUCGGGUUCUCGAAUUAUUUUAAAACCGGGGGACAACUAUCUACAUGGUGUGGUUCCCCACCUUACGCAGCGCCAGAAGUUUUCGAGGGCAAAAAGUACACCGGUCCGGAAAUUGAUAUUUGGAGUUUAGGGGUUGUCCUAUACGUUUUAGUAUGCGGAGCCCUACCUUUCGACGGUUGUUCUCUCCAAGCCCUUCGUGAUAGAGUCCUAUCCGGCCGAUUCCGGAUUCCUUAUUUUAUGAGUUCCGAUUGUGAAUCUCUGAUUAGAAAAAUGCUUGUAUUGGAACCAUCAAAAAGGUACUGUGUCGCUCAAAUAAAAAGACAUCGUUGGAUGCAAGUUGAGGUACCACCAAGUUUACCUCCAUCCGUCCCAGUAACUAAUGCCCAACCGAGUGAGCAAAUUUUAAGGUUAAUGCAAAGUUUGGGUAUUGAUAGUUCCAAAACGAGGGAGUCGAUCCGUUUGGGUAGUUACGAUCAUUACGCAGCUAUUUAUUAUCUUCUCUUGGAUAAAUUAAGAAAUCAAUUGAUUAGCGGUGAAAAUCAAGGAACGAGAGAAGUUCGACGUAGACCUUCGAAUAUAGCGGAACAAGCGAUGAGGAAAAUUAAUAGAGCAAGUACUAGUGAAGAUUGUCGAAGAUUAUUGCAUUCAUCGACGGCCCCAACUGCUAGCAAUAGUAAAUUGAAUUCUUCACCGCGAAAUUGCGAAUCACCACCUUCUAUUCCUUCGCAUGGUAUUGAUGCUGCAAAGUUAUUAUCGGCUACUACAAGUGAGGAUGCAUUAAAAAUUUUACAACAAGCUAGUAAUGCUAGUUUUAAUAUAUCUACGGAAGCUUCAAAAUUAAUGUCUACACUUCAACAAACUCCAGUUCCUCUUCCAACCGGAAGCGAAGUGCCACCAUUUCGGGAUUUUGCAAAUCACGUUCACACUUAUUCUUUUAUGCAAACAGCCAUGUGUUCCGCAACUACCAGUUUAGAUGGCGAUACUAAAGGAUCAUUAAGCAGAUUUUGUUCUGGAAGUUAUAGAAGCGGUGAGAUUCAAACUCAAUACUCAAGUUCAACGGAUGAAGGAGUUGAAACGGAUGUGGAAGAUCACACCCCCAGAUUAAGUUACGCAUCUUCGAGUUCAUCGAGCGGCGUUGCGGCAAAUUUUAACGCAUCAAAAAGUCUUUCACAAAAUCUUAGUUGUGACAGUAACUUUGAAAGCUUAGAAUAUCCUCUUUCAGAGUCGAGCGAGCUCACAAGUAGUUUGCCUAGUUGCACAACUCAGGAACGCACACUUCCAGAGCCGGUUUUAACGAGUUCCAGUGCGAUUUCAUCACCUAUUCCUGGAUAUUCAAUAAACGCUAGAGCGGCAGCUUUAAUGAUGCACAAUAAACAAAAUCCUCUGGUUCAUAUGUCGAGUUAUAAAGCUUCGAGGGCUUUAACACGAAGCCCCGUUGAUUUUCGUGAAGGUCGCAGAGCUAGUGAUGGGUUGGUUGCGCAACAAGUUGUGGAAGCGGGGGGUGCUGUAAUCGCGUUUAACUCACAAAAGUUGAACGAAAAUUGUAAAACGAAAGGGGUUUUAGAUAUGCAUUUGGUGCAAAGGGAGGCGCAACGAUUACAAUCUCAAUAUCAAGCGAGGGAACAUCCGGAUGAGAUUUCGCAACGUCAAAAACAGCACAACCAAUAUUUGCAGCCGAGUAGAGGCAAUAAGCGAAUUAGUUUACCAGAUAAUUUUAGUUACACGGAACAACCUUUACAUUUACAAACUGCUAUGCAACAUCGCCUGUUACAGCAAAAACGCCAAAUCUUACAAAAACAAUGCGCGAUGUCGCAUCAAGUUCCAAGCGGGAAUAACGAACUCCCGAUUAUGAGAAGACAAAUGUUGCGACAAGCCAGUUAUAAAAUUGCACAACAACAGCCGGUAUUACCUCCUUUACCUCCCCUCAACGAUACAGAGAGCAAAGACUUAUUGGCUUUCCAAGCCUUGGUAGAGGGCUCUGGCGAAGCUUGGAAUGCCCUACCAAAUUCGUUGCAGAGUUCCUGUCAAAUCUCUGAAACCGCAGCUCCAACCACAACCUGGCAAACUCCAUCCACAUGGAAUCAGGGACCUCACUUGCCAUCUUCAGCUUGGCCUCCGCUGUUGCCACUCAGCGAAAGUCCAAUUCUAGAGUUGACUGAGCAAAUGGAAUCAAUGUAAACGAAACUUGCAAAAAAAGAUUUUUUUUGUGUAAUCUUUUUUCACAAGAACGGUAAAAGUUGUGUCAAAUACGUAAAAUAAAAAAAAAUCCUAAAAGGAAAAUAAGGAAUAGACUCGUAACUUUUAAAGUGGGAAAUCAUGUCGCGAUUGAAA